AAAGAUGUCGUGUCGACAGGUUUACAAGUUGCUAAACUUGUGUAAUCGCCUGGAAAAAGUGAAUUUCCUGCGGAGAAAUGUGGCUAUUUUGUCCCAACGAAUGUUCCUCAGUUCACGACAAUCACCUGUACACAGUGCCUCAGUCAUUAGAGUCCCGGUGAGACACAAAUACACCGGGAAGGGAAAGGCAAGCGGCAGCAAAGAUGAGGACUCUGACAGUGAUGCUGAUGAACUCGAGGAGCUCCAGGAGAAUGACAAGAAUCUAAUUAAGUCAUCAGUGACGUCCUUGCGAGCUGAUUUGCUGAUAAGAACUGGAUUGGGAACGGCAAGAAACAAAGUGGAGACGAAAUUCUACGAGGGAAAGAUUCGUGUGAAUGGUAAGAAGAUUCCCAAGAAGAGCUACCAUGUGAAGGUGGGAGAUGAGAUUGAUGUGAUUAAGAAUGUGAGUCCCAACAAUCCGGAACACUUGGUGAUUUCGAGGCUUGAACUUGUGUCGGCCACUCCCAAGGAGGAGAGCAUCUCUGUGCUCUUGAGGCGCUUCAAGACGCUGGUGGUGGACAACUACGACGAGAGGGAUGCGUACAAAGAGUCUGAUAAGUCCGAAGGCUGAGGGAAGAUCGGUUUAAGCGAAGAGUAGUUGAAAUAAGAGCCAUAAAGUUCUUCCAAAA